AUGGCCUAUGACUGCUAUGUGGCCAUUUGUCACCCACUGAGAUACACAGCUAUCAUAAAUCCCCACUUCUGCGGCCUGCUGAGCCUAGUCUCCUUGCUCGUUAGCAUUGUGGAUGCCCUGCUCCACAGUCUGAUGUUGUUGCGACUGUCCUUCUGCACAGACCUGGAAAUUCCUUACUUCUUCUGUGAAGUUUUUCAGGUCAUCAAAGUUGCCUGUUCUGAAACCCUCAUCAAUAACAUCAUCUUAUAUUUUGCAGCUAGCAUACUAGGUGUUCUUCCUUUCUCUGGAAUCAUUUUCUCUUAUAUUCAAAUUGUAUCUUCCAUUCUGAGAAUACCUUUAGCAGGUGGAAAGCAUAAAGCUUUUUCUACCUGUGGGUCUCACCUUACAGUUGUUUGCUUAUUCUAUGGGACAGCUUUUGGUGCGUAUAUGAGUACAACAUUUACACACUCUUCCAGGAAGACUGCAGUAGCUUCAAUGAUGUACACUAUGGUAACUCCCAUGAUGAAUCCCUUCACCUACAGCCUGAGAAACAGAGACAUGAAGGGAGCCUUGAGGAGAAUCAUCAGGUGCACACCUGCUUUUCAGUGA